GUGGUACGUUGCUGGCGCGAGGAAGGGAGAAAAAUGUCAAUGAACAGGAUGAUGAAGAUCUCCCUGAUGUUGUUCGUGUGUGUGUUGGUUGUCACGACGUUAUCAGCUUUUGUACAGCGAUUUGGUUCAUCGGAACUGCCACCAUGGGUCUUCCAAGCGCAGAUGACAGCUCUCUUCUUCUCCCUCGCUUUCGUCGCCUUCUCCAGCGCCUGCUCCUUGGGGUCGGAUCUGAGCAAGAUCACCUCGUCUGCCUUCGAGAGGAGGAAUGACGUCAUCAUGGUCGACCUGCUAACUAAUAAAAUAGCGGUGAGCUUUUUUUACUCUGCUUGCUGGGUUCCCAUUCUGCUCUAUCUCGCAAGCAAGCAGGUCAUCGAAAUGCUGGAGGACUUUGACGCAAUCUCUCCUGCAGGUGAAGUCAUCCUCAGAUAUCACUGUGCUUUCUUGAGGCACAUCCCGGUGACCUCCGUUCAGACCCUCGCAUUGUCCGCGCUCGUUUUGCCCAAAUAUAGAGUCGGAUCCACGGGCUCAGCGGUCCCCGAGGCUAACGGCUGCUGGAAAGCGAUGAUAAGAUUGGCCCUCUGCUUGCCUAUAUUAUCUCGCUUGAUUCUGUACAUGUUUGUGUUGCCUGAGAAGACUGGCUUUCGACACACCGUCUUGAUAGAAGACCUGCCCUCUUCUUUCCUGUUCUGUGACGUGGCGAUCGACGAAGCGUACCUGGAGGUGGCCCGCUAUGAAAUGUUCUUAACUCUGCUUAUUUGCCUGACUUACUCGGCUCUCCACCUGCCUCGUUAUCUCGAACGGGUCUUUCCUCAGCUCACUCAGCAACUGCAUCAGAAUGCGAAUAGCGAGAAAGGGACAAGCACCGAGCAUCGCAAAACAACAGACGUGGUGGGAUCCCUCGCCCUGUAUUGGACGGUAAUUGCAACGCCCCUCCUCUUGAUACACGUCCAGGUGUCGGGUCACGAGGAAUGGACAUCCUGCCUUACCCUUCCAUCCCACUUCCUGCUCCUCUUCGCCACGUCCCUCCUCCUCAACGGCAGUGACCUGAUAUACGCAGAGGUCAUGGAGGUCAAAGGUCAAGAAGAGGAAGAGGAGGACGACGCCAAGCCCCUUUGGCUCCUGGACGAGAAAGGAGAGGAGGAAGUGGGAAGAGAGAAAGGAGAAAAGGAGAAGGAGGGAACGAGAGAUGUGUAUCCCCUUUGGUUUCAUGAACAGGAAAUCGAGAAAUGAAGGAUUAUAAUGAUAUAUUAUGUCUGGAUAUCAGAGAUGUUUAUGAUGGAUUUUUUUGUAUUUGUUUUCCUUGUAAGAAGUUGUGGCGAUAUGACAUUUAUCUCGCGUGAAUUAUACUUACUUUUAUAUA